CCUGAUGCCUCUACUCAGCCUGAUGCCUGUACUCAGCCUGAUGCCUGCCAGUUGACUCGAUGCCCGCUGUUGAUCCAGAUGAUCCGGUACCUGAUCCGGUGCCCGCUAUCGUGCCAAUUGACUCAGAGCCCGCUGUCGUACCUGACGAUCCAAUGCCUGGUGACCCGGUGCCCACUGUCGUGCCUGUUGACUCGGAGCCCACUGCCUUGCCAGAUGACGCGGUGCCCGCUGUCGAGCCAAAUGACCUGAUGCCUGUUGACUCGGAGCCCACUGCCUUGCCAGAUGACGCGCUGCCCGCUGUCGAGCCAAAUGAC